AUGAGCGCUACGCCUAGCUCACCUCCUCCUAGCGAGAGCAAGCCUACUCGCGACCUGCCGCACAUACCGCUCGAGGUGCUCUUGCAGAUCGCAGCGCAUCUGGAUGUCCCCUCGGCGUUGAAUUUGAGUAGGACGUGUAAGGGGUUGAGGGAUGCAGGGGAGUGUAAGGUCUGGGAGAUGGUAGAUGUCACGAGUGGAUGGGAUCCUGAGGGGGAUAGCGGAGCGGAGUUCGAUAUACCCUCCGUCAACUCCUACCAUACUCGCGGUGACACGGUGUACCGCAAGCUGGAAAAUGUCCUCGGCGCGCUGAAGGCGUACACGUUUCGCAUAGAAUGUGUUCGGGCUCUACGAAUCGAGCCGGUCGAUGGUACACCUUCAUCUAAGCGCGGCAGCAUGUUCGUCAUACUUCUUCAGCUACUCGCGGCCCAGGUCAAGCGGCUCGACAUUGUCCCCCUUCCAUGGCCGGGAGAGUAUCUUCUCCAAUCCCAUCCCGACAUCAAUCAUAAAGCUUUUGUCGACACCUUCAACUGGGCGUCAUUCCCAUUUCCCAAACUCGCUCACCUCAGGUACGGGUACGAGCUGGACGGGGCGGAGCCAGUAGACGAGUGGAUGAUGCGGAUGUCAGGUCUGGAGGAGUUGGAGUACAGCUGUGCCCAGGAUGGCUACGGGCAGUAUCCGUCCAAGUCCAAGGGAAGGCCACCGUUGAUGCGGCUCAAACGGCUCACCUUCAACAACCUCCGUGCUGAGGACGGCGACAUGGAUAUCACACUCGCUAUCCUCGCCACCCUCCUCGAGAACUCCCCGAACCUCGAGUACCUACGUCUCAAAGGCACUUGGCACCCUCGGGCGCGGGACAAGGCGCUCAAAGCGAUGGCCAAGCUGGAGCACCUCAAAACGGUGGUGGUAGUACAAGGGGAGGAUAGCAUCCCGAGUGUGGAUGUAGGGAUGGACUAUGAGGGCGGGAUCGAGUUCCAGCACUUUGGAAAACAGACGAUGCGGUUCGAGGAGGCGGUCGUGGAGAAUCUGGGAUGGGACGAGAUGCACGAAUUGCGGUUCGAGAGCCUUCGCAUUCCUCGUGUCAAGAAUCUCAGGCGCCUGACGAUCCUCACCACUCCCCGUCUUCCCCUCGAAGACUACAUCUCCCUCUCUAUCGGCCCAUCACCACUCAAGACCGGACACCUCUCACCCUUCUUCUUCCAGUACAUCCAGCGCAACCCUCAACUAUCCAUCAUCCUGUUCCUGUUCCUCGAAGAGCCCUUCCCCUCGGCUUACAAUGCGCACUCGGUGGAGCCGGAAUACUUUGUCGAUCCCCCUCGGUGGGAGAUGGAGGGCCAUCGGGGCGCUACCAUCCGCCAAUACACCGUCGGGCGGAUCGAGCAGUUCUGGCACAUCCGGACGCUGUCCAGAUCGCUCGAUCAUAAAUCCGGGAUGGCAUAUGUCGGGGCUAGGAGGGUAUGGCAGGACUUCACCCACUUCCGAGGGAGGACGGUGCCCCGUCAUGUCCUGGAAGAGGUGUAUAAAGCGGCAGACCUUUCCCUCGAAUCCAUCGAAGGGGGACGCGAGCUGGAGAUGCCGGACGCGGCAUGGGCGAUACUCCGCGAUUGGCGGGAAACGGCCGGGGAUGAGAGCGAGGUGGAGGAUGACUUUACGGAUGAGGAUCUCGAUGGGGAUGAGAUGGAUACUGAGGACGACGAUGAAGAAGAUGAGGAUGGAGCGAGCGAUGGAGGGUGGGGAUUAGGACAGGCGAUGGCGGACAAUGUGGAUGAUGUGGAUGGCGACGGGUGGGUGGAUACGGACGAUGAUGGGGAGUAUGACGAUUAUGACGGCGAGAGCGAUGAUCCGCUGGGGAUGUGA